AGAGAAGAGAAGAGAGGAUAGGCCUAUAAAAGACAAAGCCAUCUCCCACAUUUAUCUGUCUCACACUCACAAAGAAAAAAGGAAAAGGAAAACAAAAAAGAAGAAACAAAUCGGUUGAGAGGAGGAGGUGGAGGAGAACCGCUUGAUUCGAUUCGAUUCGAGGGAAGGGAAUCGAUGGCUGCCGCCGACGCCGACGCCGACGCCGGCGAGCGCUACGUCAUCGGCUACGCCCUGGCGCCCAAGAAGCAGCAGAGCUUCAUCCAGCCGUCGCUCCUGACGCGCGCCGCCGCUCGCGGCAUCGACCUCGUCCCCGUCGACCCCGAACGCCCCCUCCCCGACCAGGGCCCCUUCCACCUCCUCAUCCACAAGCUCUACGGCGACGACUGGCGCGCCCAGCUCCACGCCUUCUCCGCCGCCCACCCCUCCGUCCCCGUCGUCGACCCGCCCCACGCCAUCGACCGCCUCCACAACCGCAUCUCCAUGCUCCAGGUCGUCUCCGAGCUCGACGUCCCGCCUCACGCCCACCACACCUUCGGCAUCCCCUCCCAGGUCGUCGUCUACGACGCCGCCGCCCUCGCCGACUCCGGCCUCCUCGCCGCCCUCCGCUUCCCCCUCAUCGCCAAGCCCCUCGUCGCCGACGGCAGCGCCAAGUCCCACAAGAUGUCCCUCAUCUACCACCGCGAGGGCCUCCGCAAGCUCCGCCCGCCACUCGUCCUCCAGGAGUUCGUCAACCACGGCGGCGUCAUCUUCAAGGUCUACGUCGUCGGCGCCCACGUCACCUGUGUCAAGCGCCGCAGCCUCCCCGACGUCUCCAACGACGUCCUCGAAGACGCCUCCGCCGAGGGCUCCGUCUCCUUCUCCCAGGUCUCCAACCUCCCCACCGAGCGCACUGCCCAGGAGUACUACGACGACAUGCGCCUCGAGGACGCCGUCGUGCCACCCACCGCCUUCAUCAACCACAUCGCCGCCGGCCUUCGCCGCGCGCUCGGCCUCCAGCUCUUCAACUUCGACAUGAUCCGGGACCUCCGCGCAGGGGACCGCUACCUCGUCAUUGACAUCAACUACUUCCCUGGCUAUGCAAAGAUGCCUGGAUACGAGACUGUGCUCACCGAUUUCUUCUGGGAGAUGGUUCACAAGGAGGACACACCCCAGGCGGAGGAGGGCAGCAAUCACGCCGUCGUCAAAUGAGCCAGACGAAUUUCGGAUGCCAACAUCACAAACCUGCAAUGCCUGGGGCUGGUCGCACAAAAUUUGAUGACGGGAAUAACGAUCAAGCAAUUAGGACUGGGUUUCACCGGUGGCAUGCAGAGAACCUGCGGUGUAAAUCCCUUCUCCUAACUCCUUUCAUACUGGUUGUUUUAGGUAUCCUUCUGUUCUUCGUAAUUUGCUUCAUCUAGUUUAGUUAGAGCAGCCAAGAGAGAAAAUGAAGAACAAAGUUCUUAAGAAAAUUUGCUCGGUGCACAAAACUUUUGUUUCUGAGUAUUUUUGAUGAAUGGCGAUCCCUUGUCAUUUUUAUUUUCUCUAUGUGCCUACCAGAAUGCUGGUAGUGACCUGAAUUAGAUGUUAGAAAAACUGCACUUAGUUCAAGUAAUAACCUAGCUAAGUAGUGAUAAAUGGUUUAAUUAAUCUCAUUGCAUGAUCAAUCAUUGGUCCCAUCCUUUACUGGAUAUACUUAGUAGUGCUGCAAUGAUGAGACAUAUGUGAAACCCUUGGUUGAUGCAUACCAUCUAUCCUUAUGUCAUUUUAGUGCAGAAAAGAUUCUUAUUCUGUUUAUGUCACCAGUUCUAUUAUCAUCGUCAUUGUUAAAUCAGUGAAUGAUGUUUAAUAUGCUUUGGAAAAGAAUGCUAUGCACUACCUGGUUGAGUAUCUGUUUAUUAAAUUGGCUGUUUCCGGCCUAAUUGCUUUUGAGCAUGUCCCCUCACUAAUUUG